AUGAGCGUGCAUCUUUUAAGUUCUGAUAAUGAAGAGUUCAAGGUUGACAAAGAUGUUGCCGAACGUUCUGUUUUGAUCAAAAAUAUGUUGGAAGAUAUUGGAGAUUCUGAUGCCCCAAUUCCUCUCCCCAAUGUUACAUCUAAAGUUCUAGGCAAGGUAAUUGAAUGGUGUACUCAUCACCGUGAUGAUCCUGUUACCCAAGAUGAUCAAGAAAGACGCAAUACUGAUAUUGAUGAAUGGGAUCAAAAGUACAUGGAAGUUGAUCAAGAGACUUUGUUCGACAUCAUCCUUGCUGCUAAUUAUCUUGAUAUCAAGCCCCUUCUUGAUGUUGGAUGUAAGACUGUUGCUAAUAUGAUUAAGGGUAAGACUGCUGAAGAAAUUAGAAGAACUUUUAAUAUCACAAAUGAUUUCACUCCCGAAGAAGAAGCACAAAUUAAAAAGGAAAAUGAAUGGGCCGAGGAUCGUUAA